CUAGCUUUUGCAGCAUAUCAUGUGAAAGAAAAAUUUGUGCUGAGUUUCGGCGAUUCCGGCCAGGCGCCAGCUGAACUUUCAAGAUGUUGUUCUAUACGUAUGUCAUAGUAGGAGGAAGAUUUCCAUGGAGUAAACCUUCCGUGCAGCGUCUAAGGAAAAUUUUCAGGAAAAUUUUCUCCGACAAUCCAUUUAUUAGAAGUGAUCUAUACGGCCUAGAUCCAGAUAUAAAGAAACAAAGGGAAAUGUUAGAAAGGAUGGACGAAAUCAAUAAGGUAGCUCAUCUAUUUCUUGUGACAAAAAAUUUGGCACGGUCGGAGGCUGCAUUAGAUAAACUCUCGGAGCUUCUGGGAGAAGCGGAUAAUAAUGUAGAAAAAACAGUGCUGCCAGUAUUCUACGGUGUUGAUCCCUCCGAUGUACGACAUCAAACAGGAAGUUUUGCUCAAGCCUUUGCAGACCAUGAGAUAAAGUACAAGGAUGACCCACAAAAAGUAAAAAGAUGGAGAGCUGCUUUAACGAAACUGGGAAAUCUCGCAGGCUGGGUUUCAAAGGACUGGCACGAAACAGAACUCAUUCUAGCAGUUAUUCAUAAGAUACGGAAACAUGUGCCGUCAACACCUGUUUGUCGACGGAGGCAUGAUGUCUUUCUAAGUUUUAGAGGGAAGGAUACCCGCUUGAAUUUUACGGACCAUCUAUAUGCUGCAUUAAUUCAGUGCGGAAUUUCCACCUUCAGAGAUGACAUAGAUCUUGAGAAAGGAAAGUCCAUUCGCAAACAACUCGACAAAGCAAUUGAGGGAUCAAAGGUUUGGGUUGUCAUCGUUUCACCAGACUAUGCUUCCUCAAAAUGGUGCUUGAGUGAGCUUUUGAAGAUUCUUGAAUGCAGAAAAGCAUCUAAAGUGGGAGGGAAGAAUGAAACUUUGAUGAAGCCAUCUGCAGAAUAUGAAGAACAAGUUCAUACCCUGGUGAAUGGAGACAAAACACAUAAGGGGAAGGCUAGUUUGCGGAACAAGGAAAACAUCACUGAUCAUAAUAAAAGGGAAAUGGGUGAGUUUAGACUUGGUGUUACCUAUGGCGGAAAGUGGGUUGGUUCUGUUUACAUAGGUGGUAGGACAGAAGAAAUAGUGGUUUCAGAAGACAUUACUUAUAAUGAGCUUCUAGAUCAACUGUAUCAUAUUGUUGGAGUAUCUCCAAAUGACAAUGAGAUCAAGAUCAGUACGAUUGAUGAAUCAAAAUCACCAGCUUAUCCUGUGGAGAUAAUCAAUGAUGAUGACCUCAAAAAUUUUAUUGAUCAGAGCAUUUCUUCCGAUAUGCACUUGAAGCAUCCAUUGCCAAAUUCCUUUGAAAGCAGGAGUAUUGAAGUUAGAGUUUUGGUUAACCAUGAUGGGGAGUGGGUGAAUUCCACAUAUGUCGGUGGCAAAACGAAAGGAAUAAUAAUCUCAGAGGACAUUACGUAUCAAGAACUUGUUGAUAGAGUGUAUGGUGUUGUGGGAGUUGAUCCAAAUGAAUAUAAGUUGAUUCUGAAGACUGCAUAUAAAUCAAAUCUACCUACUCAACCUGUGGAGAUAAUCGAUGAUGAAGGCCUUGCAUUUUUUAUCCACGAUGAGAAUCUUUCACUGGGUAUGAGCUCCAUAUUUACUUUGUGCACUACUCUUGAACGACGGGCAUUUCCUAAUGGAAGGAUGGAGACGUCAUCACAAAAUAGUGCUACGAUGGAGUCAUCAAAGAGUAAUUGUACAACACAUCUGAGGAGGUUUGGGACAUAUCAGAGUUGCAUUCCUUCUAUGACACCUGAUAAGAUGCCUUAUCUUCAUACUCAAGUUAGACUGUCGUCACCAAAUGUUCCUUGUAUGCAGCAGCAACAACAUUCUUACCAAUAAACGAUGUCUCAGCCUUGCUACCAGCAAUAUCAACCAUCCUUUCAGCAGCUGCAGCCUCAUUACCAACAACUUCAUCCUUCCUACAUGCAGCCGCCACCACCAAUUCAUCAAGUGCCUGUUGGUGCAGAAAAAUUCCGUAGAGGAGUUUGACUCACCAAUGAAUGCGGACUGGAGCGGGAGCUAACCGGGAACAAUCGAGAAGCUUCCCUCGAGCGUUGACUCGAAGUUUGACCGUCGGCUCGAGGAGGAGGGGGUACCUGCAGAAAACUCUCUGAUGCCUAAGUCAGUACGUUUCUUAGUAGUGGAGCAGAGAGAAUUGGAAUUCGAUUGAUUACCUGGACGUCAAGCCUCCUUUAUAUAGGCGAUGACUUACUUAGGGACCAAGCCGCCAUUAUUUCUGCUUUUAUGACUGCAUUUAUUUACACACUUAUGAUGACAAUUAUUGUUGCAC